AUGUCUCACAGAAAGUUCGAAGAGCCAAGACAUGGUUCCCUAGGUUUCCUUCCAAGGAAGAGAGCCGCAUAUCAGAGAGGUCACAUUAAGUCCUUCCCUAAGGAUGAUAGUACUAAGCCAGUUGCUUUGACUGCCUUCCUGGGCUACAAAGCUGGUAUGACUACCAUUGUUAGAGACUUGGACAGACCAGGUUCGAGAGUUCACAAAAGAGAAGUCGUUGAGGCUGCUACCGUUAUUGACACACCAGAGCUGGUUGUUGUUGGUGUUGUUGGUUACGUUGAGACUCCAAGAGGUUUGAGAUCCUUGACCACUGUGUGGGCCGAGCACUUGUCCGAAGAGGUCAAGAGAAGAUUCUACAAGAACUGGUACAAAUCUAAGAAGAGAGCUUUCUCAAAGUAUUCUGAGAAGUAUGCCAACGGUUCCGCUGACAUUGAGACUGAGUUUGCUAGAAUUAAGAAGUACUGUGCCGUUGUCAGAGUUUUGGUUCAUACCCAGGUCAGAAAGACUCCAUUGUCCAUGAAGAAGGCUCACUUAGCUGAAAUUCAGCUUAACGGUGGUUCUGUUUCUGAUAAGGUUGACUGGGCCAAGGAACAAUUUGAGAAGACUGUUCCCGUCGAGAGUGUCUUUGAGCAGAACGAGACUAUUGAUGUUAUCGCUGUCACCAGAGGUCACGGUUAUGAAGGUGUUACUCACAGAUGGGGUACCACCAAGUUGCCAAGAAAAACCCAUAGAGGUACCAGAAAGGUUGCUUGUAUUGGUGCUUGGCAUCCAUCCCAUGUUGGUUGGUCCGUUGCCAGAGCUGGUCAAAACGGUUACCAUCGCAGAACCUCCGUCAACCAUAAGAUCUACAGACUUGGUAAGGCUGGCGAUGAGACUUCUGGUGCUACCGAUUUUGAUAGAACCAAGAAGACAAUCAACCCAUUGGGCGGUUUCGUUAGAUAUGGUAACGUUAACAACGAUUUCGUCAUGUUGAAAGGUUGUAUUCCCGGUCCUGUUAAGAGAGUUAUUACUUUGAGAAAGUCCUUACACCACCCAACCAACAGAAAGGCUUUGGAGAAGGUUUCCUUGAAGUGGAUUGAUACUUCUUCUAACUUUGGUAAUGGUAGAUUCCAGACUGCUGCCGAAAAGCACGCUUUCUUGGGUACCUUGAAAAAGGAUUACCAGAACUGA